AUCCCGGGCCCGGGCAGGGAGUUGGGAAUGCUGCUGGAGCUGGGGCUGUGCUCUGCUCUCCCCCGGGCAGACAUCGUGGGCACGCUGCGGCCCGACGAGAAGGCCAUCAUGACCUACGUGUCCUGCUUCUACCACGCCUUCUCCGGGGCCCAGAAGGCGGAGACGGCGGCCAAUCGGAUCUGCAAAGUGCUGGCUGUGAACCAGGAGAACGAGCAGCUCAUGGAGGACUACGAGCGCCUGGCCUCGGAUGACAUCGGGGCGGGCUGGCAGCGCCUGGAGCAGGCCGAGAAGGGCCACGAGGAGUGGCUGCUGACGGAGCUGCGGCGCCUGGAGCGCCUGGAUCACCUGGCCGAGAAAUUCCGGCAGAAAGCCUCGAUCCACGAGGGCUGGACGGAAGGUAAGGAGGUGGCCCUGCGGGAGCGGGACUCGGGCACCUCGCUGGCCCAGGUGCGGGCGCUGCUCCGCAAGCACGAGGCCUUCGAGUCGGACCUGGCGGCGCACCAGGACCGCGUGGAGCAGAUCGCCGCCAUCGCCCAGGAGCUCAACGAGCUGGAUUACUACGACUCGCCGAGCGUCAACGCGCGCUGCCAGAAGAUCUGUGACCAGUGGGACCUGCUGGGCUCGCUGACCCACGGCCGCCGCCAGGCGCUCGAGGUCAGCCCUGGGGAGAGGGGAGGGCGGGGAUCCACCCCGAGCUGGGACCCCCAGCCGGGAUCCACCCCGAGCUGGGACCCCAACCCGGGAUCCACCCCGAGCUGGGACCCCCACCCGGGAUCCACCCCGAGCUGGGACCCCCACCCGGGAUCCACCCCCACCCGGGACCCCCCCCCGGGCUUCGACCUUUGGGGUCUCAGGGGAUGGCACAUGGUGGAAUUGGGGUCUCAGGGCUGUCCCCACCUGUGCCCAGGUAAGGAGGUGGCCCUGCGGGAGCGGGACUCGGGCACCUCGCUGGCCCAGGUGCGGGCGCUGCUCCGCAAGCACGAGGCCUUCGAGUCGGACCUGGCGGCGCACCAGGACCGCGUGGAGCAGAUCGCCGCCAUCGCCCAGGAGCUCAACGAGCUGGAUUACUACGACUCGCCGAGCGUCAACGCGCGCUGCCAGAAGAUCUGUGACCAGUGGGACCUGCUGGGCUCGCUGACCCACGGCCGCCGCCAGGCGCUCGAGGCGGGGCUGCACGCGCUGCAGCUGCCGCCCGGCAACCCCUACACGUCGGUCACGCCGCAGCUCAUCGACGCCAAGUGGGAGCGGGUGCAGCAGCUGGUGCCCAAGCGGGACCAGGCGCUGCAGGAGGAGCAGAGCCGGCAGAACUCCAACGAGCGCCUGCGGCGCCAGUUUGGCAGCCAGGCCAACCGCGUGGGGCCCUGGAUCCAGACCAAGAUGGAGGAGAUCGGCCGGAUCUCCAUCGAGAUGAACGGGACCCUGGAGGACCAGCUGAACCACCUGAAGGAGUACGAGCAGAACAUCGUGGAGUACAAACCCAACCUGGAGCUGCUGGAGCAGCAGCACCAGCUGGUGCAGGAGGCGCUCAUCUUCGACAACCAGCACUCCAACUACACCAUGGAGCACCUGCGCGUGGGCUGGGAGCAGCUGCUGACCACCAUCGCCCGGACCAUCAACGAGGUGGAGAACCAGAUCCUGACGCGCGACGCCAAGGGCAUCAGCCAGGAGCAGAUGCAGGAGUUCCGCGCCUCCUUCAACCACUUCGACAAGGACCACGGCGGGGCCCUGGGCCCGGAGGAGUUCAAGGCCUGCUUGAUCAGUCUGGGCUACGACGUCGAGAACGACCGGCAGCCGAAGCGCCGCACGGACUCCAAGGACUUCCGCGCCCUGCUGGGCCCCGCGGGAUCCGGCCUGGGCGACGCGGAGUUCCAGCGGAUCAUGGCCGUGGUGGAUCCCAACGGCAGCGGCAGCGUCACCUUCCAGGCCUUCAUCGACUUCAUGUCCCGGGAAACCACGGACACGGACACGGCCGAGCAGGUCAUCAACAGCUUCCGCGUGCUGGCCGGGGACAAGAACUACAUCACGGCGGCCGAGCUGCGGCGGGAGCUGCCGGCGGCGCAGGCCGAGUACUGCAUCGCCCGCAUGGCGCCCUACCCCGGCCCCGACGGCGUCCCCGGCGCGCUGGACUACAAAUCCUUCUCCACGGCGCUCUACGGCGAGAGCGACCUCUGAGCGCCUCCCCGGGAUCCCCCAGGGCCCCCCGGGAUCCCUGAGCGCCUCCCCGGGAUCCCUGAGGAUCCCCCAGGGUCCCUGAGCGCCUCCCCGGGGCCCCCCGGGAUCCCUGAGCACAUCCAAGGGCCCCUCAGGAUCCCUUGGGAUCCCU